CUGACUAAAUAACUUGACGCAAUAAUCCAAACUACCACUGUUAUGGUGAAGAUUAUAAGUAACUUUCCACCAUGUAAUGUUCAUAAAUAAAGACUCAGGAAGGGUUACUAUUAAAUUAUUUCACAUUCAUGAAAAAAAGUGCCUCACAUAGGUAGAACGAGGGGAAGAUUUUAAACCUAAAUUACACAUUGAUCCAGAAGAAUGGAUGCCAUAGCUACUCAGGAAGGUUCAGCCACUGUGAUAGUUUGAGAACAAAGCUGUGACAAACCCAUGAAAGUACCGUGUUUAGGUGCUUCAUCUCGGACAAGAUAAGUGCCAACAAUUGUUGGGACUGUAACAGAGGAAGAGUAAGAACUAAUAAUUACGCUACCAUCUCUCUGGCAGAACCUCUUCCGGCCACUGGGCACGCACUGUGAGUACCGCUUUUCAGAAGCUCAUUAUCAUGGCCCCAUGUUGUAAACAAAGAGACGGAAGCUCAGCCUUAAGAAACAAGAGCCAUGAGCUCACGUGUCUUUCAGAGCAGUCCUGGCAGUUAUUUCAGUCCUGCCAUUUGCCUGUGAUCUCUCUUACCACUGGCUUUAUAUAGAAAGUUUAAAAGGCUCAUGUGGCAUUGGAGACAGAAAGUAGGCAUCAGGUUGGACUAGUUGUAGAUUGAAAUUCAGGCGAUUAACAUCUUCAGCAUGUCAGGCACUUCUGCAAGCCCCGCCCAAGAGGAGGAAAGAGGAUGUGGAUUGUCUUCACCCUAAGGGGAAGAACUAGGCCGUCCCACACUUCCGGGAGGUCUGUGUCGCUUGCAGAGAAGUCUGUUCCUCAGAAGAGCAGGCCGAGUUGGGCACAGGACCAUGUCCCUGGUUCUUCCCUCCCUGCUCUGUCUUGGGUUGUGUCUAGGCCAGAGCACUCAGGCACAGAAGGGAAAUCUCUCCCCACCUCGUAUCACAGCUCUGCCUGGAUCCACGGUUGGACCUAAGAGUCCUGUGACCAUCCUGUGCCAAGGGCCUGCAGACGCUGAAGAAUAUGUGAUAUCUAAAGUGGGAAGCCCUGAGCCCUCGGACAGAGAGAAACAACUGCUGUCUAAGACGAUCAACAGUUUCAGGAUCGCAGAGAUGACACCAGACAGGGCAGGGCUGUACCACUGUUCCUAUCAGAGUGGAGGCAGCUGGUCCCAGUUCAGUGACCCCCUGCAGCUGGUGAUGACCGGUGCUUAUGACAAACCAUUGCUCUCAAGCAUGACUGGAACUGUAGUGGCUUCCGGGGAGAAUGCGAAGUUACAAUGUUUCUCCACACUCAAGUUUGAAGCAUUUAUUCUUAGCAAAGAACAUGGAGAUCGCAUCAUCCAGAGCCAACUUGUCAGCCACCAGGGUGGUAAUCACGAGGCUGUCUUCCUUUUGAAUCAAGUCUCCUCCACACAAACUGGGACCUACAGAUGCUACGGACUCUUUGAACAUUACCCCUAUGUGUGGUCUCGCCCCAGUGACCCAUUGCAUCUUCAGGUCAGAGAAGCUCCUGACUAUCCAGACCCCAUGAAUCCCCAACAUUCAACUGAAGCUCCUGACUAUCCAGACCCCAUGAAUCCCCGACAUUCAACUGAAGCUCCUGACUAUCCAGACCCCAUGAAUCCCCGACAUUCAACUGAAGCUCCUGACUAUCCAGACCCCAUCAAUCCCCAACAUUCAACUGAAGCUCCUGACUAUCCAGACCCCAUGAAUCUCCAACAUUCAGCUGAAGCUCCUGACUAUCCAGACCCCAUGAAUCCCCAACAUUCAACUGAAGCUCUUGGCCUUCGAGGCCCCAUGAAUCCCCGACAUUCAAAAGAAUCUCCUGACCGUGGAGACCCCAUGAACACCCGAAAUUCAACUGAAUCUCCUGACCAUGGAGACCCCACAAACCCCCAAAAUUCAACUGCCUCACCUGACAACCAAAACUCCUGGGAGAAAUACCAGAACAUUCUGAUUGGAGUCCCAGUGGCCAUUACUCUCUUGCUCCUUCUCCUCCUCCUCCUAUUCAUCUUCCACCGUUGCAAGGCCAAAAACAAUGCUGCUAGGAAAGAGAGACAGCUCAAGGAUGGACCAACGGAUGGACAAUCUCCCUUUCUUCCUCAGGCCUCUGAAGCUGUAGACCCUCAGGAGGUCACCUAUUCCCAGGUGACCUGCAGUGUCCCCACACAGGGGACAGCUGCCACACCCUCGUUGCCCAGACAGACCCAGACUAGCGAGUAUGCAAUACUUGCCCUAAAAUAAGCCACACACUGGUGCCAGCAUUUCAUGGGCAAUAGGACUUACAGCUGCCCAUUGGAAGGUCCCUCCUCUGGAAUCGCUGAUGCUAAAUCUGAGGCCGUCAGCCCGGUUGAGGGGACCCCUCUCACUCAGAAGUCCUGCCACCCCCUCUGAAUCUAGAGACCUCAAGAUUAUCACCCAAUCAGUUCCAGAAUCUCUACUGUCAUUGCCCAGCAAUUCCUCAACCCUCCAAAGUUAUCAAAAGAAUGAUGCAGUAACUUUUCAUAAGUUUUCAUUAUUCAUCGAUUAAACACAUAUACUUAAAUCCU